GUGAGUCACUGUUGUCUCCUCCCACAGUGAUCUGCACUCUUGCUUGGGGAAGUCCUGUGUCAUUCUUGUUCAACAACAGUGAGCAACAGCCACCAACAAAACAGUGUUAUGGGAACCAGUUGCAUUCUCAGGAUUUCGCAGAAGCAAGGGCUUGCUCUCCAUCUGGCACUUCUGCUCGGAACUGUGACAUGCAUCAUGGCUGUGUCAGGAAGUCUCCUGCAAGGGGAGGUUGGUGGAAACGUGACGGUCCACUGUCCUGUGGACAAGAAGAAGACGGUUGAAUUAUUCUACUUCCAGCAUGGAGAUACAUAUAUUAAUGGCUUCCACAGCACAAAACACUCACAGAUGCCAAAACCAUGGAACUACACAAAAGUUAAUCGCAGUGAGAUGACUGUGCACAUGUCCAGACUGAAUUUGUCCCACACUGGACGGUACAACUGCAUCAUCAGUUACACAGACGGUUCCAUAAGUGAGGAAGAGAUACAACUCAAUGUCUCAGCCAACUACAGCGAACCUACAGUGACCACAAACUGUGAUGAAGAAAACCUUCGUUGUUUUGUCACAUGCGCAUCACACGGUGGAUAUCCAGAAAGCAAGAUGAGGAUGAACAUCCCCAAUUCCAGCACCAUGCUGUACAGCAGCUCCUCCACCGCUGUCUUCAACUGCUCCGCAGGAGAGUGGACGAACCUCAGCUGCUCUGUUGGAAAUGUUGCUUCAAAAAUGGUCUCCAUUUGUCAAGCUAAAGUUCCUUCCAAACCCGACUGGCCAAAUACUGCAGUAAUAGCUGGUGGGGUUCUAGGAUCUAUUACCAUUGUGGUUUUGGUAUUCCUGUAUUGUUAUUGGAAAAAGAACAAGCAAACAGCAACACUUGGGGACAACAUACGGGAAGAGAUGCAGUCCUUUAACAAUAGCUCGAAAAGCGAAGAACCAUGAGGUCGGACCCCAAGAUGGAUUUUCAACCUUUGAAAUAAGCAUCUCAGUGAACUUCUGCAUUUGUGACAGAUAUCUCUGAAUGACAGGAAUUCCAGUUUUCUUGUUUGUGCCCAUGCAUUGGUUUUUGUACAACAUGAAGCCUGUCAAGGACUGCGUUUUGAGCAGUGAAUGCUGUGAACGUGAACAUGUGUUAUUUAAGGUUGACAGUUACACUGACAACUGUGCAGAAGACAAUUUCAGCACAUUAUAGUUAGUUUUGUAUUUUUUUUAAAUACAUUUAAAAUGAACAGUAGCUUAAGUAAAUUGUAUAUAUUUUAAUAAUCCUGUGGAUUAUUGAAAUAUUUAAAUUAAAAAAAAAAUAGCAGUGAUUGACUACGGCUUAUAGUAGCUACGUCAGCUUUGUUGGAACGGUGCAUCUAGUUUGCGUAGUAAUGGUUUCGAAGUUUCAUAUUAACAUGAAUUACCUUAAUGUUUUCUACCAAAGGGAUUAAUACACUUAGAAGUAGUUUUUGUGUGCAUGGCAAUGUGACAUCGGGGUGUCAAACUUAUUUUGGUUCAGGGGCUGCCAACAGCCUGGCUAGAUGUCAAGUGGGCUGGAGCAGUACAAUCAUAACAUAAUAAUAAUAAGUCCAUGUUUGUUUUCAUGUAAAUAAGUACAAGCCUAUUGUUAUGAAAUAUCAUUUGACAAAAUAUUACUAACAUGGAGUGUUUUUUUGGUGCUUUUUCUCCCACUUAUUAAACACAUUUGUGAAAUGUGCCGGACUGAACACCAUAGCCAACCGGUUUUGGCCCACGGGCCGUAUGUUUGACACCCCUGCUUUACAUGUACGUGAAUAGCUUGGAUCACACACACAGUCAUGUGCUUGGGCCAAGUCGGUGAUGCCUGCGGCCUAAAGUGAUCAUUGCAUUGUGGAACAUUCCCAGAUCGUUAUGCAAAACAAUUCACUGGAAAAUCUGGAAAUGUUUGAAGUGUCGGUCUAAUAACCAUUUAUAAUAGUAGUCUGGUUUCACCUGUUCACGUUCGGGAUUUGAAACUUUGUGUUGUCUGACACAAAGACAGUUCCUUAAAAGAACGCGGCAAACACUCUCUACAGAAAAAAUAAAAUUGACAUAUAUUACAAGGUUAACAUUAGUGUUUUACAAUUUUUGUGGUGCAAUAUCAAAUACAGAAGAUGCCUCCUUCAUUUUCUUUUGUGAUAAAAUGACUGUUACUCACAUUUUUAUGUCCUGGUUGUAUAAGCACAUCCUUGAUGUCACUGUUCUCAGGUUCAGUAGCUUGUAGUCCUCAAUAUUUAUUUUUCAUGUUUUGUUUUCAUUGGUUUUUUUUUUAUCACCGAAAGUUUAAUUUAAAUUAUAUUCCCUUAAGAAUGUUGAGUAGGUAACGUUAACUCAUUUGUUUACUCAUUUUUGUGUGUAAGAUCAAAUGUAAGUAUUAAACCGCUAUUUAAUGAAUCAUGUCGUUGGACUGACUUUCUGAACAGAUGGAUGCAAUUGAAAUACUGUAUGUAAAUAACUGUUUAGAACGGUCGAGAAUUCCCUGGCUGAUAAACUGUAUUACAAUAAAUGUCCAGUAGAUGGCGUGCUAACAUCGCGAUGCAGCGCUUGUUCUUGUUCUGCAAUACUUGAUCGGACAGGCAAGCAGGUUCUCGACUGAAGUGUAAGAAACAGAGGAAGGCGAAAAAAGGGGAUCCGUGUAGUGUUUAUCUCUAUAGAAGAAAUGGAAGUUCAAAUGUAAAGAUAUUUAUCAGAACUGUAGAGAUCGAUGUACAUUUGAAUUAAAUGCUUAUCAUUU